AUGGCUACUAAGAAGCUGACUGCAGGAGCUGAUGUAGCAGAGCAGCAGCUUGGGACAGAGGAGGCAUUGCUGAUUCUACCGCAUGGCUAUGAUCCGGAUGAGGAGGAUGAACCUGCCUACUGUUUUCUUGCCCCUGCACCAGAGGAACCAGCUAGCAUGGAGGAGGCAUUAGCUGGACCAGAUAGGGAGAAGUGGCUGGUUUCCAGGGAUGCUGAGUACCAGAGCCUGCUAGAGAAUGGGACAUGGGAGCUGGUGGUGCUGCCUGAGGGGAAGAAAGCCGUACAGUGCAAGUGGGUGCUAAGGAUCAAGACCGAUGACAAGGGACAGGUCACCAUCUACAGGAGUAGGCUGGUGGCUAAGGGGUUUAUGCAGAAGGAGAAGCGGGACUUCAAUGAGAUCUUUGCUCCCACUGCCAAACCCCCUACCCUCCGUGUCUUGUUGGCAGAUGCAACCGUUACUGGGAAAUUCAUCAUUCAGAUGGAUAUAUCAACGGCAUUCCUCAAUGGGAUUUUAGAGGAGGAUAUGUACAUGACACAGCCGCCUGGGUAUGAGGAUGGUACAGGCAGGGUGUGCAAGCUGAAAAAGUCCAUCUGCUGGUACCAGAAGUUGGCAGCUGUUUUAGAGGAGAUGGGAUUCAGGACCAGCAGCUGUGAUGAGAGCCUCUUUCUCAAGGGGGAGGGGGAGAAGCUGGUGCUGUUUCUGGUCUAUGUGGACGACAUUCUUCUCUUUAGCAGCAGCAUGAAGGAGAUCCAGAAUGUGCAGCAGCAGCUGAUGGAGAACUUCAAGUGCAAGAACCUUGGGGAGGUAAAGUACUACCUCGGGAUGCAUGUGGAGAGGGAUCCAGAUCACAGGUGGUUGAAGCUGCACCAGGAAAAGUUCAUCAAGGAGCUGGGGGAGAAGUAUGGGAUUGAGAAUGAGCGCAAGGUUGCAACUCCCCUGCCAGCAGAAUUCAAGCUUGUGAAGGCUGCAGAGGAUGAAGGGGUUGAAGCCGAGGAGCAGCAGAAAUUUCAGUCCUUGGUGGGCAGCCUCUUGUAUGCAGCAGUUCACACGAGGCCCGACAUCUCUUUCUCGGUUGGGCAGCUGGCUAGGGUGGUACAGAAUCCAUCAGAGGAGCAGGUGGAUGCAGCUGAGCGUGUGGUGAAGUAUCUGAACUCUCACCCAAGCAUUGGAGUUCAAUACUCCGCAUCUGCACAGGUGAAGCGGAAAGGGGUUGAGGUGCUGAAAGAGAAGGGGGAGAGGCUUGGAGAAGGCAAGUUGUUUCUCACUUGCUUUACAGAUGCUACGAACGCUGUGAUUCAUGGGCUCAAUAAGCACAUGCGUAUCAAGUGGCACUGGCUGCGUAAGGAGGUGAAGAGGGGGACGGUGAAUCCGAUCUACAUCAAGACUCACCAGCAGCCAGCAGACUUCCUCACUAAGAGGCUUGCGGAUGAGCCUCAUUGGCGUUGUGUGCGCAUGAGUGGAAUGAGCAUGAACUAG